AUGCCAAAUGGCAGUCAUAAGACUCGUGUCAAGGAUGAAUUCACCGACGACAGCGUUCAAAGUCGGUCGAGUGCCACUGCUCCGCCCCAUCUAUCACCGGACUGGGAAUUGAUUGCCCCUUCAUUGGAGGCCUGGCAUACCAGCGGUGCCUCCAGUCAUGGUGAACCGACACCGUCAUCCAGCCGACCGCAUGGACCGACAAGGCACAUGCUAUCGGAGCCUCCGCGGUCCCACAGUCACGAAGUGCCAGAAGACGACUCCAGACCGACUCGGGUGAGAACGUUUCCAGAGCAAGCAGGCCCUGUCGAUAGCCAUCAACCAAGGAUACUGUCAAGCGCGCAAGCAACCCAUCAUCCGGGAAGCCUGUCCCUCAUGAAAGUCGUGUCACGGAUUGCUCGCUGCCACAGUAAACUCGCGCCUCUGCGGGAUGAGAAAUUACUUCUCCGAGAUCAGGCCAACUAUGAUACCGAGAACGUUCGACUACAGCGCAAAUUGUUAUUCAACGCAGAAGCGGAAUUGAUGGACGGGCUUGCAAGCCAUAUGGAAGCCUUGGGAUCCGAGCUUCACCGUCUUACUGACCUGCAACGCCUCCACCAGAAAGUCGUGGAGCAAAGGAAGAUCGUCGAUUCGAUCGAGUUCUCACGAAUCGCGUAUGAAGACAAACUUAAUGAGAUCGACUACCGUCUGGCUAACAAGGAGCGCUCAUUUGUACGCUCCGCACAAAGGCUGUUUGAUCUGCUUCGAGAGUCGGACAUCCAGAAUUACCCCGAUGCUUUCUCAUCACUAGGCUCGCCCGCGAAGUCAGAAGGUAGUUUCACCUUGGACAAGCCCAUCCGACAGAACCACCAUCCUCUGUUAGUUGACUUUCUUCAUAAGCUUGGUGUACUCCGCUACCUCCGGGAACGCCUCGACUACCUUGUCUUGGAGCACCAAGAAGACCGGACGCAUCGCAAUUUCGCCGCCGAUCACGAACAGGCGCUCAGUCUCAGUGACGAACAAUUCGAAGCACACUACAACGGCGACUAUGAAGAGGCUGCCAUUGAGGUGAGAAGGGCUACGGAGGAUCUUGAAGCGGCUCGUGCUCUGUGCAUUCAAGAAGGCUUGGACGUUGAGACACACGAACGGCCAUUUUAUGUGACAUCCCCAGUAGUCGAAGACGCAACAUAUGCGACUGAUACGGUCCCGGCAACUCCAUCCACCAUCGCUCUGGGUACUCCUUACUGGACGGAACACGAGGCACCACGCUUUUCGCUGUACUUCGCUGAUGAAGAUGAUCCACACGCGUCAGCAUCCGUUCUGCCGCUUGAGAGUAGCGUACUUACAGAACGCCCAUUGCAAGGACCACCAGAUGAAAGCACUCGACUCGUACACUGGCUACAGAAGGUCGAAGACGAAGCCAGUGUAUCUCAUCGACCUGCGUUAUCUCGACCUGCGUUGUCCCGAGUCCGGCAGAGGUCUUUCUCAGCGCCGCCCUCUCUUAACCCAUCCAGCUUCGAUGCAGUCGUUCUCACUCCCCAAAUUACCUUGACUUUACCACUGCCGACCAUGACAGUGUCAUCACUGCGUCCUCAGUCGGUUAAGCCUCGCCUUGAGGCUGUACGCAGGUUCUCUGAGUCUGUGGUAUCGAAGAGCGCAAUGCAACGCGCACAGCUGCAGACCACACGAUCGAACGUUAGCCUCGCUGGUACCUGA